AGGGUGCAUGGCCCAAGGCUGAGAGCUCAGGGACCUUAAACUCCUUCCAUGUCGCCCGUUUUACCGGUCUGCCUCUGAUGCCUGCCAUGACCAGCUUUGAAGAUGCUGACACUGAGGAGACCCUCACUUGCUUCCAUGUCACAGUCUAUCAUCCGGGCCAGGAUCACAAUCAGGUGUUUGAGGGGCUGAACUUUUGCAAACGAGAAAAGCUCUCAUCCACAGAAGUGGUAAGGUUUGGUCGGAAUCCCAAGCUGUGCCAUUAUAUCUUUCAAGACAAACAAGUUUCCAGAAUUCAGUUCUCUCUGCAGCCAUUUAAAGACUUCAACAGUUCAGUCCUCUCAUUUGAAAUUAAAAACCUGAGUAAGAAAACCAGCCUGCUUGUGGGCAAUAUAGAACUUGGCUAUCUCAACAAAACCGAAUUUCCGGGCAGAUGCAUCAUGCGGUUUGGAGACUACCAGUUCCUGAUGGAGAAAGAAGAUGGGGAGUCCUUGGAAUAUUUCGAGACACGCUUUAUGCUGGCGCCACGGUCCCUCUUAGAGGAAAGACACUUUGGGAACCCUGUACCUGAGAAUAGAGGUUCUCCUUCAUCUUCAUGGCCUAUAGAAAUGGAUGAAAAUGAAUACCGAACAGAUGGAGAAGAUGACAGGAACAUCUAAAAGGAGAGGGAAAGGCAGGCAACUUGAUGGGUGUGAUUUGGGCAGAAUGAACUGAACUUCAGCUGCAUUUCCGUCUUCCUUGUCAUCCAAUUGGCAUGGAUACUCUGAGGUUGUUUUUUGA